CGGGACAAAAAUGAAAGUAGGUGUUUGUUUCUUUAUUGCUACUCACUCAAAACGAAUCUUAUCUUGAUGAAAAUCAUACAAUUCGAUAGAAAAAUGUUUUGUCUAUUCUGCAAUUUAAAAAUCAGCUCAAACGGACUUCAGGAAGCGGAGAUAUAGAGGUUUUACUGGAACUUUUCAAAAGUGGUGAUGUAAUUUGGAUCUACCACUCUAAUUAUUUUUAACUAAUAUCAUCUAUAUCAACAUUUGUUUCUGAACUAAUAACAAAUCUAGUGAAGAUAAAUGACCGAUAACUGAAAAUAAUGCAAUUGCAAUUUUAUUUAAAUAUUUCGACUGAUUAGUCACUGUGAAAAUCAAAUCGAAGAAGUUAUCUGAAACGUGUGACAUUUUCUAUGAUUCUAUAGUUUGAAAUAACGUAGUUGCACAUAACUGUCUGAUAGAAUGCCUGGAUAUUCGCCAUUAUAAUGAGCUUAUAUAGAAGAAACGAAAAAAUUUCAUUGUUUCUGUCGACCAUUUCGUCGUCUAUUUCGAAAAGAUAUAACUAGACAGGUUUAUACAUUCUUACAUGUACAACGGAUAAAGUAGUUGUAAUAUAGAAUAUUUAGUGCUAAGGGCACAGAUUAGUUUGUACAUACAACUACAUAAUUAUACUGACAUUUUCUGAUAAAAAACUAUCUUUUCAUGAAAACUCAUAAAAACAAGCGUUCACGUGUUGCUACAUUUUAUUCUCGACUAAUAUAUUUUCAUUUUAAUUCUAGAAUGCACAAUCACGAUUACGAUCCAUUACAGGAAUUGCAACGAAUGUGUGACAACAUUGGUUCUUCAACUAAACCAAUACAAUCAAAAAAGGCAAAAUGUUUUCAAGUUGAAACACAUGUCAAUACAACUUCUGAACAACCAAUUGAUCGAGAUUUACAAGUACAAAUGUUGGGUCAAAGAGAACUACGCGGGUAUGCAAUAAACGAAACUGAUUAA